AUGGUUAGGUAUUUCCCCAGCAAUGACCGAAGUGCCCUGGCAACCCAUUUAGGGUACUGGCCGGGGAACACAACCGCCGGCGAUGCGGUCAGCACUCGUGCCUUCUCGGCUAGACUUCCGGUUGUUUGCAGGCAGAUCCACAGUAAGCAGCCGUUUGGAAUGUUCAGAGGCGAAAAUGCUAUGAACUACGCAUUUUCCACGUUUUUGCUAGAAGCUGUUCUCAUCAUUUUCUUCAUCAAAACUUUGUGCUUCCUCCUUCGGCCUCUACGCCAACCUCGUAUCGUCUGCGAGAUCCUCGGUGGAAUGAUGAUAGGACCAUCGCUGCUUGGAGGAAGCCGGAAUUUCAAUUACUACUUGUUCCCACCGAUAGCGAAUUACAUAUGCGCAAACUUGGGACUGAUGGGAUUCUUUUACUUCUUCUUCCUCACUGCGGCCAAGACGGACGUUGCGGCCAUCUUUAAGUCACCAAGAAAGCACAAGUACAUUGCUACCAUCGGCGUACUCGUCCCUAUGCUCUGCGUUGGAGCUGUGGGGAUGGCCAUGCGUGACCAAAUGGAUAAAAACCUGAGCAAGAUAUCUGCCCUUGGUGGGGUUGCCUUUGCCUUGGCUUUCAGUUCGUUCCCUGUCAUCUACACCAUUUUAAGAGACAUGAACCUUCUCAACUCGGAGGUUGGCAAGUUCGCCAUGUCCGUGGCUCUUCUUGGAGAUAUGGCUGCGCUAUGCGUGCUUAUCUUUUUCGAGGCCAUGAUGCAGGCUGAUGGUGGAGGAUCCCAAGCCGUAGUCUGGUACCUUGUAUCUGCCGUAAUCUUCGCUGCUUUUAUGAUUUUGGUUGUGAGACGUGGCCUUGAGUGGGUGGUCUCCCAAACUCCAGAUGGAAAACUUGUUGACCAAAACUACAUUGUCAUGAUUCUCAUGGGUGUUCUUGUCGCUUGUUUCCUCACGGACAUGCUCGGUUUGUCCAUAGGCGUAGGACCCAUCUGGCUAGGGUUGCUUGUCCCUCAAGGUCCACCGUUGGGUUCGACGUUGGCUGUUCGGAGCGAGACAUUCAUCCAUGAGUUCUUGAUGCCUUUCUCCUAUGGUUUGGUUGGACUCAACACCAAUGUCAACUUCCUUAACGACGAGAAUUGGCCACAGCAGCUCUCUCCUCUCUUCUACAUGACCACCGUUGGCUUCAUCACCAAGUUUGUCUCCAUCGUCGCCGCUGCUCUCUUCUUCAAAGUCCCCACCAGAGAGAGUCUAACGCUUGGCCUCAUGAUGAACUUGAGAGGCCAGAUCGAUAUAUUGCUCUACUUGCAUUGGAUCGACAAACGUAUGAUCGGUUUACCCGGUUUCACUCUCUUGGUUUUGCAUACGCUUAUGGUUACGGGUGUGUUAACACCGCUCAUAAGCUUCCUCUACGAUCCAAAUCGCCCUUACAGGACAAGCAAGCACCGAACCAUCCAACACACUGCCCCGUCCACCGAGAUGUCACUUGUUCUCGCCGUCUCCGACCACGAAGCCUUGUCUGGUUUGAUCACCUUCCUAGACUUCGCCUAUCCCACUACAAGCAGCCCCUUUUUUAUACACGCCGUCCACCUGGUGGAACUAAUGGGGCGAGCCACGCCGUUGUUUAUUGACCAUGAGAAGCGAAGGGAGGAGGAGGAAGACGAAGACGAUGAGGAGGAAGAAGAAGAGGAACGUACUCAGAGCGGGAGAGUAGACCAGGUGCAGAGUGCCUUUAGGCUCUACCAGGAGAAAAGAGAUGAGUGUGUGACGCUGCGUGCCUACACUGCUCAUUCUCCAAAGCCACUAAUGUACCAAGACAUUUGCGAGCUUGCCUUAACCAAGAAAACUGCUUUCAUUCUCUUACCUUAUCAGCAAGAGCGUCUUGACGACGAGGCACCUACCGAGCUACGCGACUCCGGCAUGCUAUCUGUGAACGCCGACGUCUUGGCACACACACCUUGCUCUGUAUGUAUCUACUACGACAAAGGACGGCUUAGAAACCCUGUGGUUCGGUCCUCGUUUGACCUGCAACAUUCAAGUCACUCGAGCCGUAUGAGGCAAGAAACAUACCGUUUCGUGGUUCUGUUCCUAGGAGGAGCUGAUAACAGAGAAGCUCUGCAUCUGGCCGACAGGAUGACGGCGAACCCGGACAUAAUUUUGACGGUGAUCAGGUUCUUGUCUUUCAACCACGAAGGAGAGGACGAGAGGGAGAAGAAGCUGGACGAUGGGGUGGUGACGUGGUUCUGGGUCAAAAACGAAGGCAAGGAUAGGGUUAGUUACAAAGAGGUUGUGGUCAAGAACGGUGCGGAGACUCUGGCUGCGAUCCAAGCAAUGAACGUCAACGACUACGAUCUGUGGAUAACCGGGAGGAGAGAAGGGAUCAACCCAAAGAUUCUAGAAGGGCUUGCCACGUGGAGCGAGAACCACCAGCUCGGAGUCAUCGGAGACACCGUGGCUUCGAGUGUCUUUGCCUCGGAAGGUUCGGUGUUGGUUGUGCAGCAACAGGUGAGGAAUCAGAAGGGUGGUGAUGGUUUCUUGAACGGCAAGUUUGAGUACAAGAGUUUAGUGUCUCCUUGGUCGUCUCAUAAUUGAUUAAUUAGAA